UUCCUUAGGUUGCUUAAACUUUUAAAUCUCUUUGAACUCGGUUUCGUUUUUCACAGCUGUAUUAUGGCAAACCAGCAAAUGCUGGAAGUUGUCAUAAAAACUCCUGACGAGGAUUACAACGUUGUUUCUAUGUAUGAUCCUACGGUUUCAGAAGAUGAGUAUUUUAAAUCGUUUCCUCCUGGUUACAAGUUCCAACCCUUUGAUGAAGAACUUGUUGUUUGUUAUCUCAAAAAGAAAAUUCUGAAUGAACCAUUGCCUCCAAACAGAAUCAGAGACGUUGAAUUGUAUGCCUUUAACCCUGACGAUCUUACAGCGAUAUAUGCUCCUAAUGGCGAGAAGCAAUGGUUCUUCUUCACUCCGAGACAUCGUAAGUACCCGAAUGGGGAUAGGCCGAGCAGAGCGGCGGGAAACGGCUACUGGAAGGCGACGGGAGCUGAUAAAGAGGUCGUGUAUGGCGGAAUUAAAGUCGGAUUCAGGAAGGCGUUAGUUUUCUACGUAGGAAAGGCUCCAAAGGGUGAUAAAACUGACUGGAUAAUGCAUGAAUUUAGAGUCAGUGAUCCUCCAAAAAGGAAGAGAGCUGGACCUGAGGAUAUGAAGCUUGAUGAUUGGGUCUUAUGUAGGAUCUACAAGAAGUCUGAUAGAUCCAAAGCUGCACGAGAUGCGGAACCUGAAGCCGAAAAAGAACCGGAACCUGGGGAAUUGGACGAGGAGCCUGUUGUGUCCUAUUGUGGUGAUAUUUUGCCCCUUGAUGGGUAUCAGGAUUAUCAAUAUUCUGGAUUUUUGGAUCAUCCAUAUCAUGGUCAAUUUAGUGACUACAAUGACCAUGACUCUUUUCCGUACUAUCCUAAACAAUAGUCUUUAGUUAGUUUUAGGUUUAGUUAGGCUUAUUCCUAGCUUUUUUUUUUACUUUCCAUCAGGUUUGUGUGGACUUUUUUUGGAUUUGUGGAUGUUUUUAUUUGGAUUUGUGGGACUUCUAAUAAUUUGUACAAAAUGGUUUUUUGGAUUGCUAUAUGUGCAUGUUCC